GUAGACAAUCCCGUAGUUACGUAAACAUAUACACAAGUGUUGUAACACCCCUUGCACAACUGUAUGGUUGGAACCGUACCAGGAAAGUAGUAGAAUCCGUUACUGCAAUUCACUGUUUCAAAAAGCGUACUUUUGAAAAAUGGCCGAACUUGAUCUGGAAAACCGAGAUCCUAACAACAUCAAUGACCACUUAAAGGUCCAGUUUGAGGAUGUCUUGGCUGAGCCCGAAGGUGCACACAGCAUUGACUGCUGCUGGAAGUUUACCAACACUUGCUUCAACUGCUCCUUCAAAUGCUGCUACAUGUUGAUGACCCUGUGUGGACCUCUCUACGGUCUCUACUACGGUUGGAGUUACGCCAUGCUUGCCUGUGAUCACAUUUGGCAGUACACACCACAGAUCAAAGCCUGUGAGAUCAACUGCAUCAUGAUGAGGAAAAUAUACACCAUCUGCCUCAACUGCUGCCUGACGCCAUUCUGCGAGUCUUGUGGUGCCUUCUUCAGUAGGAUACAAGUCAAACAGUAACACAGAGACAAGCUUGAUCUCUCCGUAUCUUCUUUUACAAAGUAAAUCAAUAUUGUAGAGUACUCUUGAUGAAUCUGAAACUUUAUUUCAAGGUCAACACAUUGUCUUUUCUUGAGAUGUAUUGGAUAUAAAGUACCAAGUGCGAAUAUGUUUCAUGUUAGGCACAGUGUUAAGUGAAAUUUCCAUUUGCAUCGCUCGAAUUCCAAUCGGCCAGUUAUCUAAACAUUUCUAUGUUAGUAUUUCUGUCGCAUUUUCUGCAUGGAGAUUAAGGAUCCUGUGUUUGUUUCGCCCAUCGAAGAAGGAAAGAACACACAUAAUGUGCUCUCAUUUCUUCGUUUUUGUGCAGGAGUUUGAUCUCAAUAUACUGUAUGUACUAGGGGAAAACAGAAUCAUCACUUUAUUGUGCUACAAUAAAUUAUCUAUUACACA